GUGGGCGGGCCCAGUCGCUCCCCGCCCCGCCAGCCGCCCGAGCGGAGCCGCCGCGGCCGGAGCCCGAUGCCGGGAGCUGGGCGCUGAGGGCGGCCCCGAGAUGGGGAUUCUCAGCAUCACGGACCAGCCUCCUCUGGUCCAAGCCAUCUUCAACCGCGAUAUAGAGGAGGUGCGGUCGUUGCUGAAUCAGAAGGAGAACAUUAAUGUAUUGGACCAAGAAAGACGAACGCCGCUGCAUGCUGCUGCCUACAUAGGAGAUGUUGCAAUCCUCGAGCUCCUAAUACUGUCAGGUGCUAAUGUUAACGCAAAGGACACUGUUUGGCUCACCCCGUUACACCGCGCUGCGGCUUCUCGUAACGAGAAGGCACUUCACCUCCUCCUGAAGCACUCGGCAGAUGUCAAUGCCCGUGACAAGUAUUGGCAAACGCCUCUGCACGUCGCUGCUGCCAACCGGGCCACCAAGUGUGUGGAGGCCAUCAUCCCCCUGCUGAGCACUGUCAAUGUCGCGGACCGCACGGGCCGCACGGCGCUGCACCAUGCCGUGCACAGCGGUCACCUCGAGAUGGUGAACCUGCUGUUGAACAAAGGGGCCAGCCUGAGUACUUGCGACAAGAAGGACCGCCAGCCCAUCCACUGGGCAGCUUUCCUGGGGCAUUUGGAAGUUCUGAAGCUGCUGGUGGCCCGGGGAGCUGAUGUGAUGUGUAAGGACAAGAAGGGCUACACCCUGCUGCACACUGCAGCAGCCAGCGGCCAGAUCGAAGUUGUGCGUCACCUGCUGAGGCUGGGAGUCGAGAUCGAUGAACCAAAUUCCUUCGGUAACACUGCACUUCACAUUGCCUGUUACAUGGGCCAAGAUGCCGUGGCCAACGAGCUGGUCAAUUACGGCGCCAAUGUCAAUCAGCCUAACGAGAAGGGCUUCACCCCUCUGCACUUUGCUGCCGUCUCCACCAAUGGGGCCCUGUGCCUAGAGCUCCUCGUGAACAACGGGGCCGAUGUCAACUUUCAGAGUAAGGAAGGGAAGAGCCCUUUGCACAUGGCUGCCAUUCAUGGACGGUUCACGCGUUCACAGAUCCUCAUUCAGAACGGCAGUGAGAUUGACUGUGCUGACAAAUACGGCAAUACCCCCCUCCACGUUGCUGCUAGAUAUGGCCACGAGCUGCUAAUUAGUACUUUGAUGACGAAUGGUGCUGACACUGCAAGGCGUGGGAUCCACGACAUGUUCCCUCUGCACUUAGCUGUUCUCUUUGGAUUUUCAGACUGUUGUCGUAAGCUACUUUCCUCAGGUCAGUUGUACAGUAUCGUCUCCUCGCUGAGCAAUGAGCACGUGCUGUCUGCAGGCUUCGAUAUCAACACGCCUGACAACCUCGGGAGGACUUGCCUCCACGCUGCUGCUUCUGGAGGGAAUGUUGAAUGUCUUAAUUUGCUGUUGAGCAGCGGUGCUGACUUGAGGAGGAGAGAUAAAUUCGGAAGGACUCCACUGCACUACGCAGCUGCCAACGGCAGCUAUCAGUGUACGGUGACGCUGGUCACAGCGGGAGCCAGUAUUAACGAGGCUGACUGUAAAGGCUGUACCCCCUUACACUAUGCUGCUGCUUCGGACACGUACAGGAGAGCAGAGACUCAUUCAGGAAACAGCCAUGACACUGAUGAGGAGCCACUGAAGGAGUCCAGGCUGAAGGAGGCGUUCUUUUGUUUAGAGUUCUUGCUGGAUAAUGGUGCUGACCCAUCCCUCCGGGACAAGCAGGGAUAUACCGCUGUCCACUAUGCAGCUGCGUAUGGCAACAGGCAGAACCUUGAACUGCUCCUGGAAAUGUCUUUUAACUGCCUGGAGGAUGUGGAAAGCACCAUUCCAGUCAGCCCUUUGCACUUAGCUGCCUAUAAUGGUCACUGUGAAGCCCUAAAGACACUUGCUGAAACCCUCGUGAACCUCGACGUGCGGGACCACAAGGGGCGGACGGCGCUGUACCUCGCCACGGAGAGAGGCUCCACGGAGUGCGUGGAGGUGCUCACCAGCCACGGUGCGUCCGCUUUGGUGAAAGAGAGGAAGAGGAAGUGGACCCCUCUCCAUGCUGCAGCUGCCAACGGGAACACCGAUUCCCUGCACCUCCUGAUAGACAGCGGGGAGCGGGCGGACAUCACCGACGUCAUGGACAUCCAUGGCCAAACCCCGCUGAUGCUGGCGAUCAUGAAUGGCCACGUUGACUGUGUCCACCUCUUGCUGGAGAAGGGAUCCACAGCUGACGCAGCGGACAAGAGGGGGAGGACCGCCCUGCACCGAGGGGCUGUGACGGGCUGUGAGGACUGCCUGGCUGCCCUGCUGGACCACGAUGCCUUCGUUCUGUGUCGGGAUUUCAAAGGCCGGACCCCGAUCCACUUUGCGUCGGCGUGCGGGCACUUAGAAAUCCUGAGGACCCUGCUGCAGGCAGCUCUCUCUACUGACCCUCUGGACUCUGUGGUGGACUACAGCGGUUACUCACCGAUGCACUGGGCUUCAUACAGUGGGCACGAAGAUUGUCUUGAAUUGUUACUUGAACACAAUCCGUUUGCAUACCUAGAAGGAAACCCCUUUACUCCAUUGCACUGUGCAGUAAUUAACAACCAGGACGGCACUGCUGAAAUGCUGGUGGAAGCAUUAGGUGCCAAGAUUGUUAAUAGCAGAGAUGCCAAAGGAAGGACACCCCUUCACGCUGCUGCCUUUGCAGACAACAUCCACGGUUUACAGCUGCUCCUGCGCCACCAAGCCGAGGUGGACAUGACCGACAAGCUGGGGAGGACCCCCCUCAUGAUGGCUUCUGAGAACGGGCACACUGCAGCAGUCGAGUUCCUGCUGUACCAAGCAAAAGCAAAUAUAACUGUGCUGGAUGUCAACAAGAACACAGCUCUUCACCUGGCCUGCAGCAAGGGCCAUGAAAAGUGUGCCUUGUUGAUCCUGGGGGAAACCCAAGACCUUGGCCUUAUCAAUGCAAGUAACAGUGCUCUGCAGAUGCCGCUCCACAUCGCAGCUCGGAACGGGCUGGCCUCCGUCGUCCAGGCCCUGCUCAGCAGAGGUGCCACUGUGCUGGCUGUGGAUGAAGAAGGUCAUACCCCAGCCUUGGCAUGCGCCCCCAACAAGGACGUUGCCGACUGCCUGGCACUUAUCCUCUCCACCAUGAAGCCUUUCCCACCUAAAGACGCCAUCAGCUCUUUCAGCUUCAACCUCCUCAAGAACUGCGGCAUUGCAGCCAAAACCGCCGCCUGCGGGGCUCUGCCCAACGGCAGCACCUGCCCCUACAGCAAGGACCGGCACAAUGCCAUCGGCUUGGACGGCUGUUACUCGGAGUAGCUUAAACUAUGGGUGACCUAAUAUCUUAUUAUAUUUAUUUAGAAAUUCUAUAAAUAUAGGGCACUUUAAAGGAGAACAAGACUGGGCAGGCCUUCUAGCGUGGCCGGGUAGACCAAGAGUUCAGAGCUUCCUCUUCUCGCUGGAUUGCCAGCGUGGUGUCAAAGCUGUUAAUUGGUUUAACGAGCAGCUGGCAGUGCCGUUCCCGUCCCCUGCCCUUUCUCGGCCCUCUCCCCGUCAGCGCGUGCUCGUACCCCUCUGACGGCAGGGCAGGAGAGGGAUGCUGUGGGAUUAGGGCUUUGCCCAGCCGAGGCGGGUACCACCAUCCACUGGCCCGCAGAUGGAAAGGGGGUUCCCCACCCCACCCCCCGGCCCAGAGCUUUCAGGGAGGGUUGAAAUCAAUUCUGGCAUUUCCCAACGCCCUGUGCCAGCCUCCUGCCCUGCCUCGCCUGGGGGCUGCCCCCCAGGGCUGCCCUGAGCCCCCCCGCUCCCUCCGGCUGGGAUGGGGAAGCCUGAACUCUUGGUGGGAUGGGGGGGGUGGGAGUCUUUGGGAAUUGGCUGGUCUUGCAGGCGCUGGGGUGGGUGUUAGCUCCUGGCCAAGUGCCACUGUAACUGCUCCUCUCUUGCAAUCACUUUUUUUCUCACGCUCAUCCUUCAAUUCCAAUACAAACACUUGAAUCAAGAUCUACUGUACCUGGGACACUAAAAUAUCCUUUUGGCAGCUGUCAUUUAUAUGCAAAAACGGGUGCUGCUGCCCAACCCCGCAGUCGGCUGGCUGCGGAUGCGCUGCUGGAGCCUCCCUCCCCACACCAGGCACUUUAGGGAUUCUGUUGGUUGGUUGUUUUUUUUUUUUUUUUUUUCCUUGGCAAAAUGUCGGAUCCUAAGAAAUUAUUCUUUUUUGAAUUUUCGUUCUCUGUUUUGCGUGGCCGUUUCCAUGCGAGAGUCAGUGUUGCUUUUUUUUUUAAAAAAAAAAAAGUUAUUUAUAAAGAAACGAGCAUUUACCUUUAAAAAAACAACAAAAACCAUAAAAAAAAUUCUGAAAGUUUUAGCCUUUUAAUAAGGAAAAAAAUGCACUUCAAAGUCCUUAUUCACAACCCUGAGUAAGUCUGUGUUUAUUUUUCUAAUGCAGCAUCUUGGCAGGUUUAUUAGCGUGCGUGUAUGUGGGAUCAUUGUUUUUUGUUUCGGGUUUUCUUUUUUUAAUUUUAGAAAUCAUAUUUAUAAUGCAGGUUUGAAGCAGUCGAGAACGUUGCACUGUUUGGUUUUUUUGGUUGUUUUUUUUUUCCAUUGGUUUUUGGGUUUGUUUUUUUCCUUCUGAAUUACUGUAACAGUAUCGUGUGCAAAAAAACAAUACUCUUUCUCCAUAUCACGAGUCUGUUCAAAGCCAAAGACUGGGAUGCAGAGAAUGAGAACGGGCUGACAGGGCAACAAGCAUUUCGGGAACCGUCUUCUCCCCCGACCUCCUCUCCCUCCGCAGCCUUGCCGAAAGCCAGGAGCGCAGGGCUGGGGCUCCUGCCCCGUCGCCACCCCUGGGGGCAUCCCAGCGUGAUCCCACUGGGAUGGGAGCAGGGAGAAAAGGAUCCCUUUCUCCCCACCGAGUCCUUGGUGGCCGCUCGCCUCCUCUGCCGGUGAGACUGCGACGGGACGGCACGAGCCUUGCGCUGCGGCUCUUCUGCCCAGCGCUUCAGAGAGAAAAAGCAUUUCCGUAACCAAAAUAAGGUAUUACGUCUUUUUUUCUUCUUGUUUUGGUUUUUUUUUUUUUUUUUUUUUUUUUUUUAAAUAGUUUCUAAAUGAAGGUGGCUCCUGUUAGCGCAGUGUUUGUCGGGUUUAGGUUGUGGUGUGGAGCGGGCACUGGAGCCGGCCGUUCCCAGUGGAGGCUCCCGGUGGGUGAGGGUGCUGCUGGCAGCCCGCAGGGAGCGUCCCCUCGCACUGUUUCUUUCUUUUACCAAAGCCAAACUUUUAGAACCAAAUAAUGAAGUUUCAGUCUUGGCCUUUGGGUGAUAAGCACAUUUUCUUCAUGUUUCACGUAGGAGUUAUUCCCAGAGGGGAGCGGGCUCGGGGGCUUCUCGUUGCUCUCGCUCUGCACCAGCUGCCGGCGGAGCUCGGUCCCCCCGGCCCGUUGCCCACCUGCACUUCGUUCAGCAAAGCACUUGAGAAAUUUGCCCUUGGCAAGAUCUCGGAGCAGGAGGGAUGCUCAGCCUGGUCCCUGGAGGGCUCCGUUCCCUGCGCGCUGGGGUCCGGGGUGCUUCUGACGGGCAAGGCUCCUCUGGCUGCUCCGGAGGGAUUUUCCCGUUCCGGACCGCGAGCCCCGCUCCACCCCGCUCUCUGCAAGGUGGUGGCAACGGCUUGUUGGGCCAGUGGGUCCCCUCCUUCGGUGCCAGUGGAGGAUCGUGUCCCUGGCUGACCGCAUCUCCCCCUCCCCCGCUCCCCCCCCAACCCUCUAGCUUGAAAGAAAGUGUUAACCUUUCUGCACCGAAUACCUCAGUUCGGAACCAGAAUAAACUCACGAAACUUGAAUAAAAAGAUCCUUUUUGAAGAUCCUUUUCAGUAUUCUACAGAGGAGAACUGGAAAAAGAGACUUGUUUACAUUGCUGUCAAGUCCGCACUUGCCUCUUGCAGCUCUUUCCCUUUCUGGGAGGAAUUUAGGCAUCACUUUAUCUCUUCUCGCUGCUGGCCCUCACCCUCCCUGCAGGGCAGGAAAAUGGGUCCAAAGUCCUGAGCUGUCGUCUUCAAGGGCUAAAGUACUUUUUCAGGCACACGGAGGGGCUGAGCUGCCACCGGCCCUGGCGCGGGCGACGAUUCCCUGGGAUGGGGACGGGUUCACAGCGGGGCAGACCCGGGGGCCGUGACAGCUCCAUCCUCUUGAGCGAUGCUCCGGCUCUCCCGGCGUCAGCUGGGAAAAGCUGGGAGGCACCGGCAGAGCUGGACCAUCCCACGCUGCACCCGCUGCCGGAGGGACGUGGCUGUGCCCCUCCUGCCCUGGUCCUCGAUGCCGGACGGCUUUAGCAUCGCCGGUGGGGGAUGGGACUCCAGCACCGUUUCACUUGAACACAGCUUUUUCCUGUAGCCAGGGUGAGAGCGUUCCUUAGAGCACAUGGAGAAUGCUGCUUUUCCUUCACCUCGCCCCCCGCCCCCCCCCCCCCCCCCCCCCCCCCCCUUAUUUUUUGGACUAUUAUUGUGGUUUUCAGUUUCUUGGUUUAGAGAAGAAUACUGAUCUCUCUUUUGGCCUUGUUUCUGUGCUACGACGUGUUACCUUCCGCUCAACAUGACGACGAAAACUAUGACGAGACAAUCAAUGUGAUCUCUGUAAGGGCUUCUCCAUUUCUUCUCUGCGGCACCAUGCUUUAUCUACGCGCGUUCUUUGCUCUUAGCGAGGAUCUUUUUCUCCCCUCCCCUUGUGUCUUAUUAAAAAUAAUAAUAAUAAUGAUAAUAAUAAUAAUAAUGAUGGAGGGAAACGAGGUUUCAGCAGCGCAUCCGUAGCCUUGGGAGCACAUGGGAGGAAACAUGGGGGGGGGGGGGGAGGGAGGGGGGGAAGGGGGGACGUGCGGCCAGUUUCCUUGCGGGUCCCAGUCUUGUUCUCCUUUAACGCUGUAUUGUAUACAUUUGACAGCACAGCUUGACAAUUUAAGUAAUAAUCGAAGUGUUUGGUAAUAAUGCAUUAUUUUGCUAAACGAGAUUUGUGAUGGUUUCCCUAGUGCAUUGUAAAGAGGGAUGGAGGGAAACUUCCGCUGCCCUGCCCCCACCCCACCCCCGACCCCUCGGCUGGGGGCUCCCCCAAAUCUUCCUUCCCAUGGACCUUGAUGCCAAAGUUGGACCAUUCCCGCUUAGCGUUCUGCCGGCGCCCGGCAUCCAUUUGGUGUAGCUUUCACCAAGCAGCGACUUUUUUGGCUUCCCCCCACCCCCCACCCCGAUACUUCAACCUCUUGGUUUUGAAGACGCAGGCACCGGAUCACCCAUCCCCCUCCGCUGCCCCCCAAAAAAAGGAAGUUUCUCUCCGCCCCCUUGGUCCAAAGCACUUGCUUCAAGUAAUAAGCACUUUUGUUAAAGCAUGAGUCUGGAUUCCCUUUAGCAUCCCACGGGAUUAGAGAGCAGCAAGAGCGGAAGGGAUAAGAGAGUGUCUUUGGGUUUGGUUGUUUUUUUUUUUAAUUUUUUUUUUUCAUUUUUGAUUUUAAAAAGUUUGUUUCUAGGGAAUGAAUGAACAAAGGGAAAGUUGCGUUUUUCGAGAGAGAAGUAAAAAAAAAAAAAAACCACACAAAAAAAAAAAAAAAAAGAAGAAAACCAACAGCACAAAUACAUUUCAAAACUCAAAAGGUGUAUUUGCACUGCCAUUGCGAGAGAAAGGGGCUGCCAGCCCUGCGGCCCCGCUGAGCCAUAUAAACUGCUGACAAACACUGAAUGUAACGUCCUUGCGGAGGGCAGCCCGGGGAGGCCGGGCUUGGCUUUAUUCUUGACAGGCACUUCAAUGAAAAUUCAAAAAUAACCUAACGAGGAUGAGAAUCUGGUUGGUGUUUCUUUUGUUGUCGCUGUUCCCCAGCUGCAGGCAAUUGGAAAUUUUGGGGGUUUUCUAUAGGAAAAAUGUUUCCCCCCUUUUCCCCAUCCCCUUCUCCCCCUCUGCCCCAUCCCUGUCCUGGACGGAGCAUGGAGCUCCCUUGACCAAAAGCGAGAUGCAGAUGAGACACCCCCCUCCCACCCCAGCCCCCAUUGACCACAUCCUGGGGCUGGAAUCCGGCAGAUAUAAAAGUAGCACUAAAAACAAAGCAAAAUCUCCAAAAAUAUGGAACAGAGUUUUGUUGGUCUUGGCUUUGUUUUUUUUUACUAUUUUUUUUUUGUUUUUACUGUUUGUUUGAAACACUUGGAGUGUGACAGUGAUUCUGCAGGUCCCCCGGGGUCCCCCAGCGUGUGCGGGGUCAGGUCUGAGUGAGAAACAAGAGGAAAACCAAAACAAAGAACAAAAAACUGCAAAGACCCCAGAAACAAUCUUUUUCUUUUGAUUUUAUUGUGUCGUUUGGUGGGGCAGGGGGAUGGGCCCAGGGAGCUCCCUUGGCUCGAGGCUCCCCGUGUCCCCCCGCCUGCCGCAGGGACCACAAAUGGGGGGGACCUCAGGGGUCCCCCCCAGGCGCGACCGUCGGGGUGGGACUCGUGCAGGCUGCCAGCCCACACGCUCACCUUUGCCUUCAGUAAGAAACCAAAGGAAAAACCAACCCCUUCCAUCCAGGAUACUGGCACGGACAUGCGGAUUCUUUGGUUUGGGUUUGGGGUUUGGUUUUUUGUUUUUCUUCUUUUUCUUUCCUUUUUUCCCCUCCUUUUCGUUGUUUUUGUUUGUUUUUCUCCAAGGACGCGAGGAAGCUGUUCAAACCUCUUCUCCUGGCUGAAUUUUUUCUGGGCUCAGCAGUGCUGGGUGCACUUGAAAAGAGGAAAAAAAAGCAAAACAAACAACAAAAAAAAAAAAACAAAAAACAAAAAACGAAAAAAAAAACAAAAAACCCAACAAAGCUGAGACUUGGCCGAAGCAUCGGCGGGAGCUUCGGAGCGGGGAGGCGGAGGGUAACGUAUACACGAGGCGAGGGAGCUGCCGGGAGCUCGCCGAGGGGGAGCAGGGGCUCUUUGCAUCGCGGCUUUUUAGUUCAACUAAAAUCUGCGCGGAUGAGGCUGGAACGGGAUGGAGUGGGAGCCCCCCAGGGGCAGGGCGGGGAAGGGGGGAUGCAUCCCUAAGGAUUCGAAGGCAUCUGUAGCAAGCUCUGUGUCUUUACAAUAUCCUAUGUGUAAAUGCUGCACCUCUGUAUAUUAUGCACAUAAACAUUUCUUUGAAUAAGAUAGGACAGACCUCAUCAGCAGUCAGGUAUAAAUGACUUUUCCUCUUCUGUGUCUCGGUGUUCUGGCGUGCGUGUGUGUGCAAGCGGUUCAUGUGCGGGUUCGUGUGUCUGGCCAUUGUCUGAGCUUCCCGCGCAGGGGAGGUGGAGGGGGAAAAACAAAAAAAACAAACAAAAAAAAACAAAAACAAAAAAAAGAGGAAAAAUAGCCUUACUCGACCCAGUCGUAUCGAUAUUGUUCAUCAACUUGAAAAUAAUAAAGUUCAAUGCAUGGAAGAGCCGCGGUGCAUGGCCGUGGGUGUGAUGUUUUGGAGAUCCAGGAUGCCGAGCGUCUUGUGCAUCCCAAAGCUCUCGGUGCUGCUGGGGUUUCUCCUGUAGCUGCAGAGGGUGGGCGGCUGCCUCGAGGGCCGGGUCCUUCCUCCUGUCCUUUUCAUAUUUUUUUUCUUUUUUUCCUGAAGCCGUAGGGAGCGAAUUCCUCUCGGUUUGACCAAAACUGCCAUUUCUGUGGUGCUCUGCACUUGGUCUCCAGGGCUUGUCGUCGGUCCUGGGAGCGCCGGGGUGCUGCAGGUCCUCACCGUGCUGCUCUGCCUGCCCGUGGCCGGCACUGCCCGUCCGCCCGCAGACCUGCUGCUGGCGUCCUCGCCGCGAGAGCCAAAGGACGUGGAGAUGGAGCCGCCGGUCUGGUUAGUCCGAGUCAGCUGAAACGCGGUGGCUGGUGGAGGGGUCCCAGCGGAGGGGUCCCAGCCUCGCCGCAGGAUGGGGCGGGUGGGCACCACUGGGGCAGCUGGAUGCUGGCAGCAUCCCGUUCCUGAAUUUUGCACUAUGUGAAAUGUGGCCAGUGUAGGAGGUAGGGGGUGUGGAGGGGGCACGCUGCCCCGCUCCUGCCUGCAAGAAACCUGGGGAGGGUGGGGGUGACCAAAAGCAAAAGGUGGCGCAGGCUGGUGGUGGCUGCGAGGGUCCCGACAGGCUGGGAGCUACGGUGCAGGGAGCUCGGGGGGGGGGCUGUUAAGACAAAACCAGAGCCGGUCCUGAGCAUGGGAUUUGAGAAUGUUUUUCCUGCUUGAAGGUACCAACCAGAACGGUUGCAUUCUUCAGCAUCCCCCGUCGCGUGCCGGAGCGGGGCUGGGGGGGUGCUGUGCAGGGGCUGGGGGGUGCUGUGCAGGGGCUGGCUGUGGCUGCGAGUGGAAUGGUGCUCAGAGCCAGUCCUUGUCCUUCUGUGUCCCAGAAACUUCUCGCGUGCCCUGUCACGGUUCCCUUGGCCCUUACCAGCGUGGGGCUCAGCGGAGGGGAGGUGGGGUGGGCAGAGGGGGGCUCAGGGCAAAACCUGGGGCCCAGCUGGUUUGGCGAGGGGAUGGAGCCUGAAUUCCAGCCUGGCAGGCGGGUCCUUCCCAGGGUCACAUCCUUGCUUGUCCCCCUGGGCCGGCAUCCCACGGCGGCCGUGCUCCGCUGCAGCUGGUGGGCACACACGUCCCGAAGCGACCUCGGCAGCGCAGGCUUGAAAAUUGCACUGAAAUUGUUCUGUGCUAGUCCCUCUCCCCCCCCAGCCGCCUGGGAUUUCUAGUUUGAGCCCUCUGUUUCUCCUGCCAGCCUGCGUUCCCUCUCCUGCACGCCCCAAACCCACCGAGGCUCCCGUUCCCAGUGGUGAGAGCCAAGAGCUCCCACCGCAUCCCAGCGCGACGGAGCAGGGACUGGGCAGGGAGCUGCCUGGCCUGUGGCGGGGGAGCUUCCCGACACUUCCCCGCUCUUUGUGUC